AGUCCUGCACAGGUGUACCGGCUCCUCCCCUUCAGUCCUGCACAGGUGUACCGGCUCCUUCCCAUCAGUCUUGCACAGGUGUACCGGAUCCUCCCCUUCAGUCCUGCACAGGUGUACCGGAUCCUCCCCCUCAGUCCUGCACAGGUGUACCGGAUCCUCCCCUUCAGUCCUGCACAGGUGUACCGGAUCCUCCCCUUCAGUCCUGCACAGGUGUACCGGAUCCUCCCCCUCAGUCCUGCACAGGUGUACCGGCUCCUCCCCUUCAGUCUUGCACAGGGUGUACCAGCUCCUCCCCUUCAGUCUUGCACAGGUGUACCGGAUCCUCCCCUUCAGUUCUGCACAGGUGUAACAGAUCCUCCCCUUCAGUCUUGCACAGGUGUACCUGCUCCUCCCCUUCAGCCUUGCACAGGUACACCGGCUCCUCCCCUUCAGUCCUGCAUAGGUGUACCUGCUCCUCCCCUUCAGUCUUGCACAGGUGCACCAGCUCCUCCCCUCCAGUCUUGCACAGGUGCAGUGGCUCCUCCCCUCCAGCCUUGCACAGGUGUACCGGCUCCUCCCCUUCAGUCU